GCCAUGGCGGCGGUCGCCCGCCCCGCGGGGCUGGCUCUGCGGCCGGCCACCUGGACUCUUCGUGCCUUUUCCACCGAGGUGUCUCCGGCCCCUCGCGCCCCUAGGCCGAGCCUGCGUACAACAGAAAGAACUUCCAAGCAUGAAAGGCCCCAGAGAAGAAAGGCACUACCUCCUAGGACAGAGAAAAUGUCUGUUGACCAGGACUGGCCCAGUGUUUAUCCCGUUGCAGCACCCUUUAAACCCUCAGCUGUACCUCUUCCUGUUCGAAUGGGUUAUCCAGUGAAAAGAGGGGUGCCUAUGCCCAAGGAGGGAAAUCUAGAACUUUUAAAGAUCCCCAAUUUUCUGCAUUUGACUCCAGUUGCAAUUAAAAGGCACUGUGAAGUUCUUAAAGAUUUCUGCACUGCAUGGCCAACUGCACUAGAUAGCGAUGAGAAAUGUGAGAAGCAUUUUCCAAUUGAAAUAGACACAGCUGAUUAUGUUUCAUCGGGACCAUCUAUCCGAAACCCCAGAGCACGAGUAGUCACCUUAAGGGUUAAACUUUCCAGUUUGAAUUUAGAUGAUCAUGCAAAGAAGAAAUUUAUUAAGCUUGUGGGAGAACGCUACUGCAAGACCACAGAUGUGCUCACCAUCAAAACUGAUAGGUGCCCUUUAAGGAGACAGAAUUAUGAUUAUGCAAUGUAUUUACUGACAGUUUUGUACCAUGAGUCUUGGAAAGUGGAAGAAUGGGAGCAAAAUAAGACUGAAGCUGACAUGGAAGAAUAUAUAUGGGACAACAGCUCCUCAGAAAAAAAUGUCCUGGAAACUCUUCUUCAAAUUAGAGCUGCUGAGAAACAUCUGAAAGUAGGUAAAGAAGAGCUCCUGGGCACUAAAGAAGUUGAGGACUACAAGAAGUCUGUUGUUAGUCUGAAGAACGAGGGGGAAAAUGAAAAUACCCUUUCUCAGUACAAAGAAUCGGUGAAGAGGCUAUUUAAUUUGACAUGAAUUAUGUAAAAAAAUCUGCUUCCUUUAUUAAUUUUAUGAUACAUUUGUGCUCAUUAUCUAACAUAACAUAAAAUUGGAAAUGUUA